AUGGCUAGACAUGAUAUAGUAUCGGCCUCGAACAGAAUCAAGUGUAUUUUAUCUAUCGAUUAUGGAACUACAUAUACAGGUAUCAGUUAUGUGUUUUCGAAUGAAUCUGACCUGAAUGACAUCUCCACGGUUCAGACAUGGCCAGGCGAAGGCAGAGACAGAGAUUUUGAAUGGAAAACUCCGACUGUCAUUGCGUAUGGCACAGAGAAUGGAUUUCAAGGUAUCAAAUGGGGCUUCACCGUCGAACCAGGAAUGGUCUCGUACUCUUGGACAAAGCUGCUACUAGACAAGAAUGCUCCUAAAGGAAAGUAUGAUGACCCAACUCUAGCCAAAAUUGCUAGAAAGGGAAUGCUGGAACUUCCAAGGGGCAAGUCUGCUCAAGACGUGUGCGAAGAUUACCUUCGAGAAGUACGGAAGUAUGUCUUCGCUCGUCUUGACAAGGAAAAGGGUGAGGAUUUUAUGAAACUCACGCCUAUGGAGUGCUGGAUCACGGUCCCUGCUACUUGGCUUGAUGAAGCACAGGAUGCGACGAGACAGGCUGCUAUUGGAGCCGGAUUUGCAUCCAGAACAAUGGAUUCCAUCAAUGUCAUUCCUGAGCCAGAAGCCGCUGCUAUUUGUGCGCUCAAGAAACUCACAGUUCCCGGCACACAAGAUUCACUCAAGACUGGCGAUAACAUCAUGAUCUGUGAUUGUGGCGGUGGGACAGUAGAUUUGACAACGUACUCUAUCACAGCCACAUAUCCUGUGCUAGAAUUCGAGGAGCUCGUCGUAGGAGAAGGUGGAAAAUGCGGCGCCACUUACAUUGAUCGGAAUCUGCAUACGCUGAUGACUCAACGUUUCGGGGACUCGUUCACAAAAUUAGACGCAAAGAAGACCGGCCCGGGUAGCAAGUUCAUGCAGUCAUUUGAGCGAGUGAAAAGAGACUUCCCCAAGGGUUUCGACAAAGAGAAAGGCAUUGGGCCACUAAAAUUGACCUCCAAAAAUCCAGCAUAUUAUGACGACGAUGAUGGAACGGUGAAGCUGUCUUGGGCCGAUAUGACAUCUCUGUUUGACCCAGUCAUUAAACAGGUCAUAGGUCUGGUAGAAGCCCAGGUACUAGAUGCAAAGGGCAUGAACCACAGCGUUGAGCGUAUCAUUCUAGUCGGCGGAUUCGGUGACUCGCCAUAUCUCUUCGAAAAGCUUGAUGCGUGGUGCAAAGAUAACGGGAAUAUUAAGCUGAUCUGUCCUCCGGCGCCACAAGCUGCUAUUGCAAGAGGUGCUGCGCUCCGAGGUCUCGCAGGAACGGCACCCAGCCUGAAGAAGCAGCGCCGGCAUUACGGCUACGAAGUCGGAAGACCUUUCGUUGCCGGGGUUGAUGAUGCGAGUAAGGCUUACAAUGAUCCCUUCACGGAAGGCUUGGAUAAGAGAAAUAUUGCUGAGAUGAAUUGGAAAAUUGCGAAGGGAGAGAGUGUCACGACUAAGACAGUCCGAUCUCAGUCUGUGUACUUCACUCAUACAAACGGCGAUAAGACCACCAGGUCUCUCGAAUUGUUUUCCUACAACCUCGACAUUGCUCCAUUAUCCACUGGUCAUGAUCGUGUUGUGAAGGUUGGCGAGGUCAAGGUCGAUUUUUCGUCUGUUGACUUGAACACCGUCCCCUCUGUUGUUUCAGGCGGUCUUAAGUACUAUAGAAUGGACUUUGUCAUCAAGAUUGAAUUCGGUGCAGUCAAAGGCAUUCUAGUGUUUUCUAGUUGGAUCGGGGAUAGACAGGUUGGAACAGCAAGCCUCUCCUUUGCAAAGUAGAUUAGGGUUUGAGAUAUUGGAUAUCCAUGCAUUGUUAUUUUGUGCCACUAAUAUCUCAGAAGACCCAAAGAUCUGUAAAUCCGUUCUAGCAAAUGUAUUUCAGGCAAGUGCAUGCGAACAGUAAGAUAGAUACUCAGGGUCAAGCUGAGUCGAAAGUCGUGCCUAC